AUAAUCAUCUCUUCAAACCACAAAAUGGAAAGCAAAAGAAUGACCAUAAUGUUCAUUACCAUGAUGAUAGUCAUUGGGAACUUUGUUGUUCAGACAGAAGCUCAAGCUCAAACUAAUCCUUUUAGAAGUUGUUUUCCAGGUUGUAUAGUGAGUUGUGCCAUCGAGAAGAAGUUUCCCACUGGUUUGAUGUGCCCAUUCACUUGUCUCAUGACUUGUCUUCUUCCUCCAACAUCAAAUAUUCCUACUCCUCCUUCACAAAUGAUUUUGGCAAACAAAAAAAUUGACCAUAACGAUUAUUUCUGUAAACUUGGUUGUGCUAGUCAUCAUUGUCUUGUUCUUUCUUCUCUUCAGAAUCCCAAUGUAGACAAAGUUGUGGACUGUGUGGAUUCAUGCUCAGACAAGUGCUCCAACAAGAGCUAA